CCCGUUGACAAACGCCUGCCCUGAGUCAAAAGGGAUCAGGACCACUUACUUAAUUACUUGCUCCUAUCUUUUUUUAUAUCCCCUUCGCCUUAAACUAGUUUUCACUCUGCUCCUCCCCCCAUAAUAGAUAUCUAAAAUAGUAUCGAGCCAACGCCUGCUGUUUAUCGUGGUGGGGCUGAGGCUGGAGGCUGGAGAGGUGUUCUGUGGCUGGAGCUUAGCAACCCGAAUCAUCCAAAACAUCUUUGAAGGCCGCCAAAGAGCCUUCAAUACGAUGGUAUUAGCAUUUUAACUGCAUGCAACUGUGAAGCGUGUCGUGCGAAAAGAAAAGGUUUGAGAGAUUUCGCUCCCUUGCGAUCUUCUUUGAUAUGACGCCCAUGUCAAACAAGAACCAAGAUAUUUUGACCGUGUCUUACUACAGCUGGGAUAAGGACAAGCUCAAGCCGGAUGAUCUUGAUACAAGCUUGUGCACACACCUUAUUUUGGGCUUCACUGAAGUCGAAAACGGCAUCCUUAGCAAAGGGUCCACGGAUGGGGAGUCGUCCUAUCAAGCUGUAGCGAAUCUGAAAGCAAGUAAUCCUUCUUUGAAAGUCAUGCUCUCAGUGGGAGGAGGGGCCAAUUCGCGUUGUUUUCACGACAUGGUUUCUGAUUCUUCGAAUGCCGACAGAUUUGUCGCUUCUGUAGUGGAAACCCUACGGAGAAAUAAUGUAGAUGGCAUUGACAUUGACUGGGAAUUUCCUAUGGAUAUUCGUAACGGCAAAGCCCACUUCACUAGGCUUUUACAGAAAUUGCGAACCGCAUUUGACAAUGAGGCCAUUGCUUCAGGACGACAUAAACUAAUUCUCUCAGCAGCAGUUGCUGCACAGUCUGUCAUCGUGAACUCCUCUUACAAUAUUCAAGAGAUUGAGAGAUUUGUGGAUUUCAUUAACCUGAUGACAUAUGACCUACAUCUUUUCAAGUGGUAUUAUCCCUUCUCUGGGCACAACAGUCCUCUCCAUGGAAGAAGGAGAGAGAUUGGUUACUUUGCUACUCUGAAUAUGGCAUCUUCAGCUAAGUUUUGGGUCUCCAAAGGGAUGCCGAAGUCAAAGAUAGUGGUUGGCAUACCGACAUAUGGCUUGGUCUGGAGACUUGGUCAUAAAGCCUGGCAUGGUGUUUCAUGCCUCACCCUUGGGAAAGCUGCCGAAGGAGGUGGAUACAUUACCUAUCCCGAGGUUUGCCAAGUGAUUGCAGAUGGAGGAAAAAGGAUCUUCGAUAAACAGUCAAAAGUUCCAUACGUGGUCAACAAGAAACAUUGGAUAAGCUAUGAUGACAUCAGCAGUGUUGAACUGAAGGCCAAAUGGAUCCUUUCAGAGGGCUAUGGAGGAAUAAUGACAUUUAGUCUCAACUGUGAUGACUGCACCGGAGCUGCUUCUCCAGAAGGUGUUCGAUUUCCUCUCCACAAGAAGAUCAAAGAGGUUGUGGAGCAAGGGUUAACUGCCUGAGGGUUAACCACAUAUUAUGCAUGGGCUGUACCCUGUGCACUGUUGGCUGAAAAAUUAUGCACAUGGUAUAUUACAAGCUUUGUUUUGCAGAAACGAAUUUAAAGGCAUCUGUGCAUCUGCUGUUUCUAGCUCUUUCAUUUUUAUGGCUAGCCUCAUCUGCAAUGCUGAUCAACUACGGAAAAUUGUAGUGUGGCGCAUGGUUGACUCCAGGCUUGUUGUCUCAAUGUGCGCUCACUUCUCAUUCAGCUUACUGCCCUGAACUAAUGCUCCAAUCUUUUAAUUGAUAGUGCUGCCUAUGGACAACAUGCAAAGACAGAAACGAGCCCAGAAUUUUUGUAUGUUGUGAGGACUCUGAGUUUAUUUGGUACAUCGUGAAUUGUGACACUAGGCAUUAAGGGGCUAAUAAUUUGAAGUGACUUUUGAUUGUGGUCCAUGCUCGCAUUUGGGAUUGAGCCUUGUGUAAAUGAUCUUGCAAGAUUGAUAAACCUGUUUUGUGUGUACUACUUUAUGUAGUAAUUAGCGGCACUGCCAGUCCUUGUGCCGUGUUCAUUUUAGCUGUGGCAGUCGGGAGAACUUGGAGUGCAAACAGAACCUUAAAGCUUAAUGUUUUGGCAUGAAGUUACACGACAUAGGGUUGAGAGGGAGUAAGGCAACGUGGCAGUGUCAUACAUGCUGCAGGCAUUUGUCAUCUGCUUUAACAUUGGGUGGUCUAAAAAGUAACCGUGCACUUGAGUACAGUACAUUUCACAUGGUUCUGCGGAUUUGUCCUACAGAGAAGUUUAACCACUGUUUAACCACAGCCAGAAAAUGUUUUUCUUGUUUAGAGGUAGCCUCUUUUCACAAAGGCCAUUUACCAAGACUGUGUGACUUUCAGUGUAUUGCGGUCCCAUAAUACCUGUCUAGAAUUUGCUUGUACCUAUUUUACUAGUGGGCACUUGGCAGCACAGACUGCAUCCAAACAGCUGCAGUGGAUGAUCAUCAGCAAAAAUACCUGUGGCUGGAUGAGGGGUACUUAACAUCUCCAUGUCCACCACCUAUGGCACUUAAGGAACAAUAUGUCAAGCCUCCUUUUAAUACGCUCACCUCUGGGAGGUAGAGUACCAAACCAAACAUCACUUUUUUUUUUCUCUUUCUUGUUUAAAGUGACUAUCUGUGAAGUGCCUGCCAUAUGUUUGGUAGCAAAUUGCUAAAUAGCUGGAAGGUUGUGCUUCAUCUAUUAUCACUUGUCAUUUAUGCAACAAUUUAUUAUUGUGGAGAAGCAAGUGGCACACUGUACUUGUUUCCAUACACAAUCAACGAACCAACCAAAUAAUAAUUCAGUGAAUAAGUAAUAAAUAAAUAGCAAUUUGGCAGAGACACUUAAUACUGCUUACAUGUUAAAAUAGCAUUAUACCAUUUGUAGACCUCGGAACCUAAUGAACGCACUUAUUUUAUACACUCAUGACAUGGUGCCACUUCUCCCCACUGGCUGCGCCUUCACGUGCCCAAUGACGCACACUAGGUCAAACGUUUAGUUAGCCAGAUGGCUAAUUGCUGUAAUAUACAAUAUGAACGAAAAGUAGCCUGAUAUACAGGUAGGUCCAUUGUUAAAGAGAAUGCGUAUUAUCAGAUCAUGAAUGAAUUUCUGUCUGUGUGAAGUAUGGAAGUGAACAGCUUUGUGGAAGAUACAUGAAGAAGGUGGCACUGGAUCUUCUUUAUCCACUGGCAUAGUGCACUGACAAUGCUUCUGCAAGCAUCAGCAGCUGUAGCACCAGCAAAAUGUUAGUCAGCUGCCUGCCUAUUCUAAUGGACCUACCUGUACACCCUAUAAACUGGUGCAGACUGUUUUUGUUCAUGGGGAUUUGAGGAUUAAGCUGGCAUGGGGCAGUAGUUUUUACCUCUCAAUUCAUUAGCGAGAAAGCAAAAAAAGAAAGGCAGUUGGAAUUGUAAAAUGCUAAUAUCAAAUUCUUAAUCCUUUACAGACGAGACGUAUAAAUACCUGAGAAGUAUGUUUAUUUUCUAUCUAAAUGUACAAAAUGUAUCGAGAAUAAGCAUAAUCAAUGAAGAGAAAAAGUAUUUUAUAGAACUUCUUUCAGCUAUAGAGGUGAAACACUAGGCAGAAAACUGGAAAUAGGCUUCCUCCAAGCCACCUAUGGCUUCGUUUGAAAUUUGUGCAGACCUCUCUCGUCAUAUGUGAACCAUAGAUGUAUAUUUCAUUUCCUUUAUAUCAAGUGUACAAUACCACUGCAGCCGGAGAUCUUGCAUUGGUCUGUCUCCUCUGACCGUGCUUUCAAAAGUGAGUGAUCUUUCAAACUACUAUUUCAUCGUGCUGUAUUCCGGUCUUCAGCCCUUCAAAUGACACUUGCUGCCUGUCAUUCAGUGUUGGCCAAAGACAUUUAGCCAGAAACUUCAUACUCUAUGCCAAAACUCUGCAAGAAAAAGUGUUUUCUCAUGUGUUGUCUGUAGGCAAUACUCUUGCGACCUGCCAUGGUUGCUCAGGGGCUGUGGUGUUGGGCUGCUGAGCACGAGGUCGCGGGAUCGAAUCCCGGCCACGGCGGCCGCAUUUCGAUAGGGGCGAAAUGCGAAAACACCCGUGUAGUUAGAUUUAGGUGCACGUUAAAGAACCCCAGGUGGUCGAAAUUUCCGGAGUCCUCCACUCCGGCGUGCCUCAUUAUCAGAAAGUGGUUUUGGCACGUAAAACCCCAUAAUUAAAAAAAAUAUAUUCUUGUGUGAAAGGUUAGUGUGCUGUGCUUGUCUUUUCAGCAGUACGGGACCAUUUUUGCAUUUGCUUGCAUGAGAUGUAUCAUAUGUUUGAGAUGUUACUCAUGGCCCACUUUCUUGUGUCAUGGGUAGCAGCAGCUAUUGCCUAAUCAUCUAUUAGUGGGCCUGAAAUUUUUAUUAGCUGUUUCGUACUCACUGUGAUGCUGGAAUUAUUAUUUAUUUAUUAAUUUAGUUAUGUUACUCUCAAAGCAUGAAUAAGGCAUUACAGGGGAAGUCGAACAAACAUCACAAGUAGCAAAUCAACAUGUUAACAGUAGAUUAUAGUAUUUCUGUGAACAUGCCAGUUUUUUUACGAUGUACAAAGAGAAGAAAAACAAAACUAAACAACACACGUGGCAUGAAAGCACACAUUUUAGUAGAACUGCAUUAUGCUGCUAAAAUGACCUGUUAGUCUUGAUCUGAACAGGUCCUCGGGAAUGAUAACCACCGACUCUGGAAAGCAAUUUCACUAAUUUAUUUGUUUGUGGCAAAAAGAGAGUGACAUAAUGCAUUUGGGCUGUAGAAAAUAAACUUGAUCUUAUGACGAUGGUC